CAAGGGACAGGUGACUGACGCGACAUUCAAAAGGGCCUGCAGUGAUUUGUAGUUCCUUUUACAACACUGGAGCGAACAGCAACCUGUACACUCCUCAAGGCCAUGAGAUAAUAUAACCCAAGCUUAUUCUCCCAAUGGAAACACCGGCACACAUGGAAAUGGCACAAAGAGAGAUCCUGGAGCAGCGGACUAAAGAUCCAGCGGAGGAGAUCACAGAGGAGAAAUUCCUUAAAGAUCUCUACCUGUUCAUGAAGAAGAGAGAUACUCCCAUAGAGAGGGUCCCCAACCUAGGCUUCAAACAAAUUGAUCUAUUUCUGAUGUUCAAGGUUGUCAGAGCGAUGGGUGGCUACCACCAGGUGAUGGCCCAGCAGCUGUGGAAACAGGUGUAUAACUCUCUGGAAGGAAACCCCCGGAGCACGAGCGCAGCCACGUGCACCCGCAGACACUACGAGAAGCUGCUUCUGCCGUACGAGUGCCACCUGACAGGCAUCUUGGUGAACGUGGUGCCCCGUAACCAGCCGAAGCACUUCCACUUCACCAGCUUCAGCAGAGAGGACAGCCCGAGGUCGGCCAAACGCAAACUGACAUCCGUACCUCUGCCCCAGAACCCACACCCUCGUGAGAGUGUCUUCCCUCUGUCGCCCCGCUACCCUCCCUACUAUCAGGCAGCUGUCCUCCCCCCCUACGUCCCCAUCUCUUCCCCGGUGUUGACACUACACAGCUCCCCACCCCCCAAGCCCUGGUUCCCUUUCCCUACUCACCUGAACCCGACAGAAAGAGAAAAGGAGCCGCUGGAGCAGCUGCGCUUCCUGGCAGAUCAGUACAAGACCACAUGUUGCCUGCCUGAGCCUUGGGACCUCAGUCCUUUGGGACCUUUGGAUAAAGCACAGAGGCGGGAAACCUACAGGACCCCCAAAUCAUCGUUCAGCCCACCUUCAUCCACUAAAACCCCAAAGUUUCUGAACAAGCCCUCCCCUCUGUACAAUCCUCGUAGCCUGCAGGUGAUGAUAAAUGAUGGAUCUGAGACACAAGAUGGCGAGGCAAGUUUGGGAGAUACAUCAAUUCCAGAGAAAGCUAGAGAGGCAUAUGUCAAUCAAAAAGCUCUAACCGCCUCAGGCAGCCCCACUGCCCCAACACUGAGGACAGAUGAAGGCGUCUCAACUAUGGCACAAAGAUCCAGCUCUCCAAAAACAGAAGUAACGAUCCGUCCGAAAGAAGAGAGAGAAGGGAGUCCAGAAUUCACUGAUUUACCUCCUGGUCUCCCUCGAGAGAAAGGAGGAAAAAUGGAAAUUGUGGUACCACUGUCUGUGUUUCAUAACUGGCUCAAGCUGUGUGGGUCCUCAGUCAGGAUGCAUGGACCCCCGCAGGAGGAGCAAAGGAAAUGUCCCGACACAGAGGGAGUCCCUACUAAUAUGGCAUCAAACAUGAAUCACGAACACAGCAACUCCUCAGGUGAAGCUGAGGAUCUGACGCUGACGCGAAGGAAUUUCCCGAGCCCCAACCAGAGUACCGGAAAUCACCACAAAACAAGACAAGAUCAUUUUACCAACUACAAUCCUCAGCAUUCAGAUAUCCUGAAAAGAGCAGCCAGCCAGGAUGUGUUUGGUCAGUGGGAAAUUAACAAGUCAUCCAGCUCCAGACCCACACAUUGCUGGGAUGCCUUUGACAAAGAGACCCAGGCUGCCACCCUCCCAGUGAAUAUUGACUCUAGUCCCCGCACAGUGCAGCGAGACUAUGCCACCUCCAUAUCCUGUAAUGAAGACACAGUGCAGGGGGGGGGGGAGAAGUCAGACACGGGGUUAGCAGCUAUGCUCAUGUUGAAUUCACCCUCUAAUCCUCUGCUGCAGUUCACCACUGAAGAAGUGAUGAAGCUGAGGAAAAUCAUCUCAAGGCCAUUGUGAACAUCAGUCCAGAUGCUCCAACACCACUUUAAAGCUCACAUAUUGUUAUUUCUCACACUGUAUAUGAUUUGUAUAUAAUAACAUACGUUUUUACUCAAUACUAUGGAAGUUUAAAAAAAACUAACAAUCAUCUGAUGUGUAAUAAUUCAUUCAUAAGCAGAGAUAGAUUUGAAGAAAAAUGCCCACUCUUGAAAAAAAUGUCUAUGAAUAUAUACUGUCAUUGUAUUGUAAAUCUAACAUUUUAAUAAAUAAAUGAAUGUCUGAUGUCUCAA